AUGAAAAACUUCAUAUUUCUUUUUUUCUGCUUAUUUAUUGUCAACUCCGCUGCAACUGCACUAGAAUGCACUCAAAUUCCGCCUUCAGAAAUUUACGAUUCCAAUACAGUUAAUAUUACCAAAAAAGAUGGAUCACUGCAAUCUCUUCCGGGAAAUUUCAACUGUGUUUAUAAUAUCUCUACUCCUAUUCCAGCGUCUCAUAGUCUUUAUGCAAUUGUGACAGUUACAAAUGGAUUAAAAGGUGUAAAUGAUUAUAUUCUGGUCACAAAAAUCACAGGAAGCGAACGAAAAAUUGUUAGCGCUGGAAAUAAGGUUGAAACAUACAAAGUGAUCCCAGGCUCUCAGUUAAGUGUUCAAGUGAUCACAAAAAGUGGUGUAAUGAAAUCUCAAUUCGCGAUUUCUGUACAAUAUCAUAGUGCAGUAAUUGGACCGAGUGUUCAAAUGAAAACAGGAUCGGAAAUGAAUUUUUUGGAUGUCAAAACCAUCAAUCAAGGCCCAUUCACUUCUCUGACUUACAUUGUUCUUACUUUGGCCACUGAGAUCUAUGAAGUAGAUGAUUUCUUUUACGACAAUGGUAGCAAAUUUACUACCAUUUCCCAUCAUUUGACAGUUGUCAGUUUUCAAGAAAGCCUGAUUCAAGUUUUAAAUCCAAUUACGGAAGUUCAACCGUUUAUCAAUUUCCUCUCCGUGCCUAUGGUGAAAACCGAAACUCCAUUCGAUACAGGUUUCAAUGAAGCUAUUCAACUUGUAAAUUUUGACUCUGCCGGAAUUGUCAUGGAUCGUUUUCAAAUUGUUACGAAGCCGUGCAACGCAAAAGUGGUCGCUGGACCACCAAACAAUUCAUCGAAAACUAUUCUGGAUUUAUCAACAAAUCCAUCAAAAGCUCAAAGCUUUAAUGUCAAAGAUUUGACAGUGAUUUCGAACGGUUGUUUCUUCCUUUUAACGGCGGUAGCUUCUAAUUAA